AUGCAGGUACACCCGGCGCACAGUGGCAGCGGAGGACACCAUCCGCCACCGCCACCAGCGCAGGGCCCGCCGCAGUCCGCCCAUCCGCCACCGCCGCAACCGAUUCCGAUCGUGAAGCCGGAGUUUAAGGUGCCACCGAUACCGGCGCACCUGAUGGACGUGCGCGGUCCGGAUGGUUCGAUCGUGAAGAUCAACAUGCCGGAACACCACGAUCCGAGCAAGCCGCCUAACAACGUCGAGAUGCUGAAGGUGAACAUCGAGGAUCUCAGUCAGUUUCUGUCGUACCACGAAGUCUUCGGAAAGCUACCCUCCGACAUGCUAACGGGACCGUCCGCUAGCCUAGUGCCAUCAUCGUCCACCAACACGCCGACUACCAGUGCGCACAGCAAUGGUAAAUCGGGAAACCAUCUCCGUAACCCGAUUACGGGCGAAUCUCCGUUCAAGUGUAGCUACUGUGCGAAAAGCUUCACCCGGAAGGAGCACCUGACCAACCACGUUCGUCAGCACACCGGUGAAUCGCCUUACCGAUGUCCGUACUGCGGCAAAACAUUCACCCGGAAGGAGCAUCUUACCAACCACGUCAGAUUGCACACAGGCGAAACACCCUACCAGUGCACAUACUGCGGGAAGAAGUUCACGAGAAAAGAACACCUUACCAAUCAUGUCAGUGUGAUCGAGUUUCGAAAUCAAACGAAAAGAACCGAAAGCGUCUCACCGGUGUCGCUCUAG